AUGAGGUUAUUACUUUUAAUUUGUUUGUGUUUAUCGGCUUGUACUGCCUCAUUUGGUAGAGACGACUCAUCUGCUGGUGUAAGUGACUGUGGAGAAUUAGGUGACUGUAUUGCAGAAAACAUUGGUUGUAAUAACACUGUUGGUUCGUUCUAUAACGACACAAUUCACGAUUGUGUAAUUAACAUCAAGCUGCUCUUACAGACACUGACAGCAAAAUAUGACACGCAAGAUAAAAUCCGUUUAGAAAUUGACAGUGUUUUUCAAGGUGUAAUAAUAUCUGUAAUUUUGUUUAUAUCCAGUGCUAGUGUGUGUUUUCUAGGAGCUUGCAUUUAUUGCUGCCGUAUAAAUUACGUUGACUAUCGACUGAAGAAAGACGUAGAAGCCUUAGCACUCAAGCUGAAAAGAGAUUGCAAUUUCAAAAAACCAAGAGUAAAUGCACCAACAAAACCGUUGUCAGAAAGUUGCAAUGUUAUAGUUGAAGGUGCCGGUAUUUAUGUAGUUUAA